AACAGUGUAAAUGGCGCUCUCCGCACAGAACCAGUCGACGUCGUACGUGAACUUAUAUUACUCGAUCGUCCAGCGUGCGGCGACACGCUACUUUAAGGAAUAUUACAACUCCGAUACUGGCGCGCCCUACGUAUUAUACAAGGACAACAUGGAGAGACCCCAGGGGCAAUGGGGCCCGGGGCCGGGAUCUCUCCAGGACGGGGGACUGUACCCGCAGCAACAGCAACAACAGCAACAGCAGGGCUCCUCCUCGUCCGGCAGUCCACAGCAGGCCUGUGGUCCCCCUGUCGAGGGAGAAAGCGGUCCCCCGCCUUCGUUGGCCUCUCCCGUGCCCUCACCGUACCCCUCGGCACCGCCUGAGCCUCAAGCCUUAACCCCACCCGACGACGAUAUACAAUCGAAUCAAGCCACCUCUCAGCAGCAACAACAGCAACAGCAGCAACAGCAACAGCAGACGCAACAGCAAGUGCAGCAGCAGCAGCAGCAGCAGCAACAGCAGCAGCAGCAGCAAGUGCAACAGCAGCAACAGCAACAGCAGCAGCAGCAGCAACAGACGCAACAGCAGGAUCACUCGCCUCAACAACAGCUGACACCUCACGAGGUGGAUCGCAGCGAUUGCUUUCCCGGCGCUGGAGAGUUGCAGCAAUAUCCGCAGCACUACUUCAAGGAGGCUAGGCCGCAUCCGUCGCCGUCGGUACCCCCGCACAUGCUCACCCCCGGUGGUUUCUCCGCGUUGCACUAUCUCAAGCAGCCGGGCGUGAUGCUCACGUCCCUCGGCCAGGGUGACGGUGGACCAAGCCUGGACGCUCACCAGUACGCCAGCCCCGGGGCACCGAACAUGGCGACCGGCUUGCCGGACAUUGUCCAGCAGAGCGGCAAGUCGGGCAAAGGGGCAAACAGCGAUCUACGUUUGUUCAAGUGUCUGACAUGCGGCAAAGAUUUUAAGCAGAAGUCGACGCUGCUGCAACACGAGCGGAUCCAUACGGACAGUCGGCCAUACGGGUGUCCAGAGUGCGGGAAGCAAAGGCAACAAUCGCAUCUAACGCAGCACCUGCGCAUACACGCGAACGAGAAGCCGUAUGCUUGCGUGUACUGCGAGCGUACGUUCCGGCAGCGUGCCAUCCUCAACCAGCAUCUGCGCAUCCACUCGGGUGAGAAGCCAUACCAAUGUCCGGAGUGCGGAAAACACUUCCGUCAGAAGGCGAUCCUGAAUCAGCACGUCCGCACACACCAAGACGUGAGUCCGCAUCUGAUCUUCAAGAAUGGGAUGACGCCGACGCUCUGGCCACAGGAUGUUCCGUUUCCACCGGAGGAAGGNNNAGAGGAGGUGGCGUCGACGUUCGGCGACACGGACACACAGUCGGGCGCGUUCAGUCCGGCGCCGGACGCGAAUUCCAUCCAAUAUCCCGCCUACUUCAAGGACCCGAAGGGCGGGAAUCACGCGGUUUUCGGUGCCGGCGGCGCGGGGAGCUUCGGUGCCCUGCAGUACAUCAAGCAACAGGGCGGUAGCAAGAGCUGUUUACCGGACGUGAUACAGCACGGCCGCUCCGCGGGGAUGCCGUUGUACGUGCGAUGUCCGAUCUGUCAGAAGGAGUUCAAGCAAAAGUCCACGCUGCUGCAGCACGGCUGCAUACACAUCGAGUCGAGACCGUAUCCUUGCCCGGAGUGCGGCAAGAGGUUCAGGCAACAGUCGCACUUGACCCAACACCUUCGCAUCCACACGAACGAAAAGCCGUACGGCUGCGUCUAUUGCGGCCGUAAUUUCCGUCAACGCACCAUCUUGAAUCAACAUUUGCGCAUUCAUACAGGCGAGAAGCCGUACAAGUGUCAACAGUGCGGCAAGGAUUUCCGUCAGAAAGCGAUACUGGACCAGCACACGCGCACCCAUCAGGGUGACCGGCCGUUCUGCUGCCCGAUGCCCAACUGCAGGCGGCGUUUCGCCACCGAGCCGGAGGUGAAGAAGCACAUCGACAACCAUAUGAAUCCGCACGCGGCCAAGGUGCGUAGGAACUCGACCAGCGACUCGAAACCGCCCGGCACGCCGGCCGGCCUGGGCCCGGUCCCUGUCCCUAGAGGUCUCACGCCGACGGUGGUGAAGCCGGAGCUCUACUUCCCGCAAUGUUACGCGCCCGCGUUCAAUCAUCAACCGCCAGUGUCGACGGCGCAGUUCCCGGCCCAGGCAAACGGGGUAUCCGUUGCCGGCGAGUUCAAACCACCGACCGGUCUGCCGCCGCAGUGACUAACCGUCCAUCCUGCCGCCUACUAGCAAGCAGGAAUACCGCUGAGAUUUCAGCGAUGCUUCGGUCACGCGUUACAGACCGACGCCGCCGCCGCCGCUGCCGCCGCUGCUGCCGCUGCUGCCGCCACGACGUCGAGUGUCGCGUCGCACCGAUGCAGCCAGCCGAUCCAGCAACACUACCCGUGACAUUUAUCGUGCAUUUACUAGGCUCUUUCUUUUCGUUUCGCGGUUCGCUUACUUUCCUCGUUCCAUUGCUUCGCACAGCCUCGGAACGCGUCGCCAGCUAGUCCUCAGCUCGACGGUGAUCCACGCGACCCUUUCGUAUUCCUUCCAUCAAUCGCGUCGCGCGCGUCUCCUCCUCGGUUCGCGGCUCAUCAUUCGUCGCGGCUCCAACGGACCGCGUCUCUUCGUCUGUUGCACGUGUAUAUCUCUCUGUCCUGCGUGUCUGCAUGUCUGUCUCUGCGUGUGCGUGUGCCUACGAGUGCGUGUGUGCGUGCCUGUGACACGUUGACGCGCGUCGAUCGUUGACUCGCGUUUACUCUUAUUACCGAUAGACUCUGUGUGCCCCCUCGUCGUCCGACCAGUGUGGUCCGUUUCUACUUGUGCGGUCCGGCCUGUGCCCUCGCCGUGGCUAACGCCGACCAACGCGAUCCGCCAAGCUCGCCUCUAUAAUAGCCUUGGCACCCGAGUACGUAUAUACCUAUCUACGUACACACACACACACACACACACACACACCUCGCAAUAGCCACUGUUCUUCUUCUUUUUUUAAUCGCCGAUCAUCGUUACCUCGCGAAUAUCGCGGUUCACCGGAAGCGAUCCCCAGCCGUGGAC